CAACUCAAGUAGGCUUAAUGGGCCCAACAGCCUUAAGGGUGAAGCAAAACUGUGUUUUCAAGAUAAAGAAGAGAGGUGUGAGGUUGUUGAUAUUUGGAAGUAAGCUAUGUAGAAGGCGGGAUGACAUAAGACGUUUUUGAGGCUCAACACCAGUGCAAGUUGUGAAAAUUGUGUAAGAAGCUCCACCUCAGGUUCUAAUACAAUGUAAUUAGCCAUGAGAUCCAAUUAAUAGCUUAGUUAUGCAUAAAUGAGCAUAACAAUGUCGGCGUAGCUAUGAUAUUUUGCCCUUUUGGUGCUAUAAUUGAACAUCAUAUCAAAGGCAAACCUGGCGCUAAUCGCGCUUAAUAAGCGGCACAUAGGCGCCGGCGGAGCCGCAUUUCCGCGCUAAAGUUCUCCCGCCAAAAAAUUCAGACUCCUACAAUUACAACUCACGAUAUUGAAAGCCGUUUCUGUAGCCAGAUGAGAUCUCUCUUGAGCUGUGGGAGAUGAACAAUGUUUUCUCGGUGGCAUGGCGAAGACCGUGCAUGGGCAUUCGCUCCUCGCCAUCUCCCCAAGCAGCUCCCCUCGCCCUUCUCCAGAUGAUAUGGCCUGACGGCUGGAAUUUUGCAACCCGCUCUAUGAGUAGCCUGCAGAAUAUUUCCAAUCCCUUCCAGAAUAUACUAUCUCCAACUAAACCUACAGGCAUAUUCCAAUCGUGUCAUUCCCGUCGAAUCUCCUUUCCGUCCCGCACAUUCUCCUCUUCCGCUACCUUCGCCGCCAGAGCACCCCGAUCUCCUCCGCCCCUCAAGAGACGCGAAGAUGGCGCUCGGUUCAGAGCCCGCGAUCUCUCUGCUCUGGAGCUCUCCCAAAUAUUUGGUUCAGAGUCGCAGAUCUCAGUACCGCUGGGCAACAGAAUGCUACGAAUACUCCAAGCACGUCGUAUCUCCGGUACCAUCGAUGUCGAUCUCCCCGCUGAUAUAAAGAAUGUUGUGGCGGAGGAUACGAUAAUAGCAGGACUAGAAUGGCUGCGGAAAAGAUACCCCGUGGACGAAGAUGCUGCGAUUCUAAAGCGUAUUGAACGAGAAGAAAUUGCAGAGGAGCAGAAGCUGAUCAAGCGUGGUCAAGCGCUUGGCCUGUAUAAACCGCAGAGUGGGAAGUUCGAUAAACCCAUAGAGAAGGAAGGGGAUGUUUAUGGCAAAAGUAUCCUGCAGGAAACGAGGGAGGCGAACGAGCGAAAGAAUAAGUUGGAGGAUGAACGGCGGAGACGCGAGUGGCUGGAAGGCGAGGCGAAGGAUCGGGAAAAGUUGAAGCGGAGCAUUCAGAAAAAUAUGGAGUUGCGGAAGUUCGAGGAAGCCGCGGUUAUGGAAGCUAAACCUCGUGCGGAUCCGGAUGUCCGUCCUGCGUUGGCUUGGGUGCAGAAACAUCAUCUUCGGGCAACAGCAAAGGAUUUGGAUACCUCAAAACUCUCGAAGGCCAGCCGAAUCCUCCCCUCUCUCUGUAUAACACUCCUUACCAUAGGCCUCUGCUGUGUCCUCGCCGAAAAUUAUGAGCCAGCACCUCGUCAGGAGCGCCUGAUGCCCAAUACACCCCCCGCCGCAGCAACCGUGAUCGGUCUCAUUGGGGCAAACGUCCUCAUCUUUGCCAUGUGGCGAGCCGUCCCGCCCGCCUGGAGAAUGUUGAAUCGAUAUUUCAUCAGCGUGCCGUUGUAUCCGUACUCAAUUAGCAUUGUCGGCAGCAUAUUCAGCCACCAACAAUUCCGACAUCUAGGUGCCAAUAUGUUGAUUUUGUGGUUCAUCGGGACAAGACUCCACGAAGAACUCGGCCGCGCCGACUUCCUCUCCCUCUAUUUCUCUGCCGGCGUCAUCGCCUCCCUAACCUCCCUAACCGCCCACGUCCUCCAAAAUAAACUAACCGUAACCUCCCUCGGCGCCUCAGGCGCCAUUGCCGGCCUCGUCGCCGCCUGGUGCAUGAUACAUGCAAACGACAAACUAACCAUUGCCCUCCUCCCGCAAUCCUGGCAAGAGACCUUCUCCGCCAAGGGCUCGACAUUCCUGAGUGUCAUCGUGUUUAUCGAAAUUGCGUCAUUGGUGGUGUUGCCGUUUCGGCUGCGGAUGCCCGUGAUGGAUCAUUGGAGUCAUUUGGGUGGCUAUGCAGCUGGCACGGUGGCCGGGUGGUGGUGGAAGGGGAAAAAGGAGCAGGAGAAGAGACGGAAGAAGGAAAAGGAAGGGUUGUGGGGAUGGUUUAGUGGUGGGAAGUAGCUUUGGUUUUGGUUGGGGGAAAAGGGUGGGGUAAGGAGGGCUGGCUGGUGGCGGUGUUGAUUGAGGGAAGUUAACUAGUACGGUUCUCUUUUAGAUUUUGGAACGGGGUGUUUUAUUUUUGUUGCAUCUUCCUUUUAUGUAUGAGUAAUUAGAAGAAUUCCUUGUUGGCUGGAUAUUCAGGCAUGUACUUUUAUAUAAUUUUUGCUUGUGAACUCCAUUUUUCAGAAAGCUUUGAGAAAUAUACAACUUUUUACAAUGCCAUAAGUGUAUCAAAACGUCCCAUUCCCAGUAGUCAAAGAAUAGAAAUUCCCAGUAAACAGAAGUAAAAAAAAAAAAAGGAAAAAAAUAUUAGAGUAAGCCAAUAUCUGACUGAGAUUUGCAGUUGAAGAAAAGCAAUCCAAAACCAAAAUCACUUUUCUGCCGCCGGUCCCAGGGGUCAUUUCCCUCCUGCUUUCUCUCCUGCAUUUUAGGUACCCCUUAAACUCGAUCCUAGGACAUAAGGGAGCAGAUGAGAAAUAAAAUGCGGAAAUGGAAGGGGAAAAGGAUCAAAUGCAUGUAGGAUAGGAAGACAGAUAUAAAAAUAAAUAUGCGACGAAGGGUACGAACUCAAUAAACAUAAAAUAUUAAAAAUAAAAUAUGAAUAGAGUAGGUAAAUAUGAUAUUAAAUGUGAGAAGCCAUUCGAAAUCCCCCCCCAAAAAUCCGUCAUAGAUAGAUCGUCAUUCCAUCCA